AUGGACACCCUACUAUCCCAACUCGAAACCAUUAUCCUCAAGCCCGAACUCGCACCCCUCCUCUCCUUAGUAAAGGGCGCACGCAAUGGAAUUGUGUACGGAUCGAAAGUGCGGUUUCCACAUGCGCUGGUAAUGAUCUUUCUCUUCAGAUCUGGAACAAUACGUGAAAAGACAAAACUCGUAUUCAAAGCCACCCGCCAGCACGCGCGCAACCUCGCCACCUUCGCAAUAAUCUACAAAGCAUCCAUGAUUCUUCUCCGCAAUAUUCCCGGUGGGGCCGGGAAAGAGGGCCGAUAUGAUAGUUUCUUUGCAGGCCUGCUGGGCGGGUAUGCAGUGUUUGGAAGACAGCCGGGGAGUAUCAGUCAGCAGAUCGUAAUUUACGUGUUCGCGCGAGUGAUGCUUGCCCUCGCCAAACUCGCUGUGCAGCCCAAUAUGCACCCCCUCUCGUCUCUCAUUACGCCCGACGCACGUACUAAGAUCACGAAUAAUGCCUACCCCGUUUUCGCGAGUAUGACCUGGGCCAUGGUGAUGUAUAUCUUCCGGUGGCACCCUGAGACCCUGGCGUCGAGUUUGCGGAGUAGUAUGGUGUACAUCUAUGGUGAUUCGGACCAUUGGGAUUCUCUACGCACGCUUUUGGUGCAUAACAAAUGA